AUGGAAAAGCCAAGUACAAGAGGCAGCGGAUGUUAUGAAAAAAUCUCACCAUACUAUAGACUGGGGAAGACCCUCGGCAUUGGAUCAUUUGGUAAAGUGAAGCUUGCACAGCAUGUAUUGACUGGGCAUAAAGUUGCUGUUAAGAUCCUCAAUCGUCAAGUGUUAAAUGAUGCUGAAAGAGAAAAAGUGAUGCGGGAGAUCAAGAUACUGAGGUUAUUUGCACAUCCUCACAUCAUUCGCCUUUAUGAGGUUAUAGAGACUCGGUCGAACAUUUAUGUUGUAAUGGAGUAUAUGAAUUGUGGGGAACUAUUCUAUCACAUCACCGAGAAGGGUAGACUCGAGGAGGCAGAAGCCCGCUGUUUCUUUCAACAGAUUAUAUGUGGUGUUGAAUUCUGCCAUCUCAACAUGGUGGUUCAUCGAGACCUCAAGCCAGAGAAUCUGCUUUUGGAUUCCAAACGAAAUGUCAAGAUUGCGGAUUUCGGCCUCAGCAAUGUCAUGCGUGAUGGUCAUUUCCUCAAGACAAGCUGUGGAAGCCCAAACUAUGCUGCUCCUGAGGUCAUUUCCGGUCAGUUAUAUGCCGGCCCUGAGGUUGAUAUCUGGAGCUGUGGUGUCAUCUUAUAUGCUCUUCUUUGUGGAAGACUCCCUUUUGAUGCUGACAAUUUUCCACUUUUGUACCAGAAGAUAAAGAGUGGAAAAUGCACCCUUCCUAGCCAUUUGUCUGUUGGAGCAAGUGAUUUGAUCACCCGGAUCCUUGUUGUGGAUCCAAUUAAGCGAAUGACAAUUCCUGAGAUUCGUCAACAUCCAUGGUUCCAACAUCAUCUUCCCGGCUACUUAGCUGUUCCUGCAAUAGAUGUGUUGCAAAGAGUGAAACAGAUUGACGAGGGAAUACUUGAUGAGGUGGUUAAAAUUGGGUUCAACCGCUAUGAAGUGAUUGAGUGUCUUCAGAAUAAAAUUCAGAAUGAGGCAACGGUGACAUAUCAAUUGCUGUGUGACCAACAAUUUCGUGUUUCCAAUGAUCAUCUCGGAGCUGAUCCAGGAGAAGCCUCUGGAAGCAUUUAUUCUAGUUCGAACUGCAUUGGUCCCACAACUUCAGUCCCUGUGCACAGUAUGCAACAAAAUGAGUAUAUGAAUCCGAAAGAAAUAUCUCCAAUGUUGCAGUUUCCUUCUGUAGAAAGGAAGUGGGCGCUUGGGCUUCAGUCUUUAGCUCCACCUCACGUGAUAAUGACUGAGGUUUUGAAAGCCCUCCAGAGGUUGAAUGUGUGCUGGAAAAAGAUUGGAAAUUACACCAUGAAAUGCAAGUGGUUACCCAGUUUUCCUAGCUAUCCUGGAAAUGCACCCAAUACUACUCUGUGCAUGAAUGGCUUCUCUACUGACGGGCCUUCUAUUGUCGAAACUGACAGAGUUGGCAGCGGAUCAGAUAAUGCUGUUAAGUUUGAAAUGCAGCUUUACAAAACUAAGGAGGAGAAGAAGUAUCUACUCGAUCUACAGAGGGUCAAUGGAUCACCAUUUCUCUUCCUUGAAAUCUGUGCUGCAUUUCUUGCCCAACUUCGGGUUACAUGAUCUGAUUCUUGUGGAUUUUCACACAUCAAAUUUUGAAUUUCUUGGAUUUUCUCAUAUAGAAGGAUAUUAUGUUUGGAUGUACAUAGGCCACACAAAAACCACUUUCAGCUUUCCCGUCAUUGUAACAAGCUCAAAUGUAAAAGAAAGGUUUGUCCAGUUUACUUCCUUACAUUAUUAGCUUCGAAAUUUAAGAUUUGUCCAGUUUACUUCCUAA